AUUGAAGAAGAUCGUCUGUUCAAGACUUCCGUUUUUAUCUCUUCAGUUUCUGGGUGUUCUUUAGAUGGGAACCCUCUCCUCUGUCACUGCGACGAGCCCCUGUUUCUGUAGUCAUUAUGGUGUGCAAUUUUCGAAUUUUGCUAAGAAUUCCAUUUUCUCAGUACCCAGAUUCAAGAACCGAAAUCCCAUUUACAAUGUUAAGUUAUCUUCAUCAAUUGCGACUAGGCUUCAAGUCUCAGCAUCUUCAACCAUUGGUGCGAGAAACGAGGGAGGGGAGGCUACACCGUCUUUUGGUGUGGUGGGAAAGAACGAUUUGCUGAUUGUUGGACCGGGCGUUCUUGGUCGCUUAGUGGCUGAGAAAUGGAGGGAGGAACACCCGGGAUGUCAAGUUUAUGGGCAGACUAUGACAACAGAUCACCAUGAUGAGUUGAUCAAAAUGGGGAUAAAUCCAUUAUUGAAGGGGACUAAAACUCAACAGUUUCCAUAUGUGAUUUUUUGUGCGCCUCCAUCACAGACCUCAGACUAUCCAGGUGAUGUCAGGAUGGCUGCAUUGAGCUGGAGUGGUGAAGGUUCUUUCUUAUUCACAUCAAGUUCAGCACCUUUUGAUUGCAGUGACAAUGGACCAUGUGAUGAGGAUACUCCAGUCAUGCCAAUUGGUAGAAGCCCUAAGACAGAUGUGCUUCUCAAGGCUGAACAAGUAGUAUUAGAGUUUGGUGGCUGUGUUGUUAGAUUAGCAGGACUUUACAUAUCCUUUCUGAGACAAUAAUUUCAAUGAUAAAUGUUGGUGGGGAAAAUCAAAUUUCUUCUAGAGUUGGUUAUAUUGUAAUCUCAGUAACCUUAACUUUCUAUACAAAGCAGAUAGGGGUGCUCAUACUUAUUGGUUAAAGAAGGGGACUGUUGAGGCUCGUCCUGAUCACAUUCUGAAUCUUAUACACUAUGAGGAUGCAGCUUCCCUAUCAGUUACAAUUCUGAAGAAAAAAUUUCGUGGGCGAAUUUUCUUGGGCUGUGACAACCAACCUUUGUCCAGGCAAGAAACAAUGGACUUGGUUAACAGAAGUGGAAAGUUCAGCAAAAAGUUUGAGGCAUUUACAGGGACUGAUGGUCCUUUAGGAAAGAAGUUAAACAACUCUAAAACUCGUCAAGAACUUGGAUGGGAGCCAAAAUACCCUAGCUUUGCUCACUUCCUUGGAGUUCCUGAAUAAUUCACUCCUCCCUCUCUAAUUUGAUUGAAUGAGAUUAUGGUGGAAGAAAUUGGAUUUAGCUUGCAUGGAAUUUUCGACUUUGCAGAGCUGCUAACUUUGGCGUGAGGUAAAUACUUUUUCAUAUAAAGAACAUUUGCAAAGGAGUGAUUUUGUUAAAGAUUGUACUUCUGCACAAAUUAAGUUGUUUUAUUGAA